AUGACUCCUAGACAUCAUCUGGUACGAGACCCACAACGACAACAACAAGCGGCCGGAGCCAGGGGCCUCUUACCCCAAGGGCGACACCUUCCACUGGGACCGAAAGCCGUCCCUGGAGCCUCUGCUGACGGAGGAGGACGAGAGAGAGAGCCUGACCUACGGCUCGGAGCAGCUGCAGAAGCUCCGCGAACUGCUGGAGAAGUUCGCGGCGCUGGCCCUGGGUCUGCUGCCCGGGAGCGCCGCUUACGUGCACCAGAACAGCUUCAAGAAGUCCCACCCUUUCUCAGCGGUCGUGUCCCAGCAAGGCUACCUCCUCAACGCAGCCACGGCUUACCUCAGCAAGAACCCUCCAAAGCGGAAGACUGGACGCAGAAAAGGCGAUCUCCCUCCCAGGUGUUCCUGCGAGGAGCUCAGCGCCUCCGAGGCCUCCCGGGAAGAUGGAUGUCCCGCCAGACCCUCGAGAGCGAUGGCUUUUGCGGAAGAAAUAUUGAGAGCGAUGGCGGUGCGCUGGGCGGUUGCUACAUGGCAAAAUACGACAAGCACCGGAAGCGGACAGGAAAUAAGGUCAGUGACAAGAGACAUUUCGCCAAGUCCCCUUAG